CGCCGCGCCGCCCCCGGAGGCCCUGGCCUGCCCCGGGGAGCCCCUGCGAGGAGGAGGGAGGAGCGCGCAGCGCCAUGUGAGGAGCUGGCGCCGGGCAGCGGCCCGCGGGGAAGACAGAUGGGGUGAGAGACAGCGUGAGGUGCGGCUGUCAGCGCGACCUCGGCCCCGCCGCGGAGGGAGCCCCUCCUCCCGCGGCCGUGCGCCUCGCUCCCUGCCCGGGGGAACCAUGGCGUCCAGCGAGGAGGACGGAGGCGGGAACGGCGCGGCGGAGGAGAAGGAGAACGGCAAGAAGAGGAGGCUGGGCGCCCUGGCCACGGCCUGGCUCAUCUUCUACAACGUUACCAUGACGGCGGGGUGGCUGGUAUUAGGUAUUGCCAUGGUGCGGUUUUAUGUACAGAAAGGAACACACAGAGGCUUAUUCAGAAGCGUCCAAAAGACGCUUAAAUUUUUCCAGACAUUUGCUUUGCUUGAGGUAGUCCACUGUGCAGUUGUUCGCACAUCUGUGCUUGUGACUGGGGUCCAAGUGAGUUCCAGAAUCUUCAUGGUGUGGUUCAUUGCACAUAGUAUAAAACAGAUCCAGAAUGAGGAGAGCGUUAUACUUUUUCUGGUCGUAUGGACUGUGACAGAGAUUACUCGAUAUUCCUUCUACACAUUCAGCCUGCUCAACCAUUUGCCAUACUUCAUUAAAUGGGCCAGAUACAACUUUUUUAUCAUUUUGUAUCCUGCUGGAGUUGCAGGUGAACUCCUAACCAUAUAUGCUGCUUUACCCUAUGUGAAGAAAACAGGAAUGUUUUCACUGAGGCUUCCCAACAAAUAUAAUGUCUCCUUUGACUACUAUUACUUCCUUAUUAUUGUCAUGUUCUCCUAUGUGCCAUUAUUUCCACAACUCUACUUCCAUAUGCUGCGGCAGAGAAGAAAGGUGCUUCAUGGAGAAGUGAUUGUGGAAAAGGAUGAUUGAAUCAAGCCGUAUAACUAUGGUGCUUUUAGUAGAAAAAAAGAGGGUAAAAAACUAAAACUUCCUAUGAGUUUUCUGAGUCCAAGUUUUAAAACAUGGAACAAGAAUAAACAACUGUGCAUAAAAUAGCAUGGACUGUAUUAUUUUUACAGUUAAUAUAUCUUCAGACUUACCUUUUCAUCCUUGGUUUCACUUUGAUUUUUAAUUGUUCAUGUCUUCAGACAAAGUAUUUUCUCAUAUUCAAUAGGUCGACAAGUAGCUUUAGGAAUUGCAAUAGUUGGCUACUGUACUUUCUAUUCUGAAAGGUCAGUUUUGACCUGUAGUCAUCAUCAAGAACAGAAGGAGAGUUGAUAAGUUCACUGAAAUUUUGUCUUCUGGAAAACAGAACAAAAAUUAGGUAAUGACUAGGUGGCUUAAAUGUUAUUUAAGCUAUGUAUUAAAUAGUUCCUUUCCACUUGUAAGUACAGUUAGCAUCUCGUUCCACAUACUUGGAAUUGCAGGAUCACACUGGAGAAUUCCAGAAUGACUUUUGAAAGGAGCUGCAUUCUUAAUUGUCAGUGCAAAUUUAGAUCUUUCUAUAUUUUAAUUUGUCAUUUUAAAGAUAUGUGGAAUAAUAGAUAUAAUAUUAACUGGUUAAAAGUUUGUGUUGAGGACUAGAUUUGAUGUACCUCCCUUUAGCUCUGGUCAGUGGCUGGAAUGGGUCUCAUUUGCAGAGGAAGGCUGAUUGUCAGCAUGUUUCCUAUUCUACCUUUAAUUAUAUUUGCAGGAAAAAUAUGGUAUUGCAUUUAGAGACUAUAGCUAUCCUGAGAUAUUUAACUUCUUAUAAAUGGCUAAGUGGGAUAAAGUAUAUUUGAAAUAGUGUCUUAAAAUAUAAAUUGUGCUUUGAAUAAUCCCAUUGUGCAGAUUUAAUUGUUCCCUCCCCAUUAAUUGUUUAUACUGUGUUGACCUAAUUGUGUUUAAUGUAUUCAAUAAUCUGCAACAGGGAUCUACAGUAUAUUAGUAAAAGUUACAGAUGGUAUUACACUAUAUUAUACCUGAGUGGGAGAGGUCUACCAAAUGGAUUACAUCUAGACAAGAAUUAGAGGCAGCCUAAGAGUUUCAAAGGAAAGGUAAUGCAUUUGAGGAAACUUGGACACUUAGUGGGAGAGAGAAAAGAUUGAGAAGUAAUAAGGUAGUAAGAAGCCUUGAUAAUGUAGGCAACAAAAUUCCCUCUGGCUUCACUAAUGUUAAAAGAAGUGUAUAUAUGCAGAAGAGCUGCAUUAGGCAGCCAGAAAUCAGAAUAUUCCUUGUGAUUGCUGAGGUAAUUUCUUUUGUAUGGUCUUAUAUUUGAGAACCUCAGGGAUAAGGAAUUGAGUCAAUCUUCUGAAAAGUCAGAGAACAGUAAGAAAAUUAGUUGAAGACAGAAAGAAGUCGGAAAGAUUGAGUCGUUAAGUAAGUAUAAUUUUUAAUUGUGUGACAAAUGUAGAAGAAGAGGCUUUAUACGUAUGGAAGUGUAUCUAGAGCUGAUUAUAUAAAAUUGAAACAAGGUAAAUCCACUGAAUAUCAGGAGAAAGAUCUUACCCAUUAUAUCAGUUAAGUUAUGGAAUGACAGAGUAGGGCUUAUCAAUGCAUACAAUUUCUUGGACAGUUUAGAGUCAGACGUAAUGCAAUAUUGGAAAAUAAUCUUCCUUUGGCAAGAGUUUGAGCUACAUACUUGAGUAGGCAGUUUCCAUUUGUAGCUUCAAUGAUUCUAUGACAAUACAGCUUUUUGAAAAUUGUAGGGAUACCUUUUUCUGGUGUAUCUGGUUAUUUAAUGAAACAGCAAGAAUUUACUACAUCCCUAACUUUCAAAUUCCGUUUUGUGCCUUUAAUUUGUGAUAUUUAGGCAUGUCUUCAUUACAUGUAAAUUUGUUUCCUUAUAAAUGACAGGUGCAUAGUGGACUCGAGAUAGAAUAGUUGUAUUUCUUACAAUUUUCAAAGAUGUAAUCUUUGUAUUUUUUAGAACAAAUUUCACACAAGGUGCUAUAAUUUAUUGUCUGUUUAUAUGCAGCUAAAAGUAUUUAAAGUUUAAAAUAUAAACUACAUUUGCAACACUGAAUCACAAAAUAGUUGUGUUACAGAUGUUCAGACUAGCAGUUGUAAUUGUCCAGAGCUCUAAGAGUAUUGUUUUAUAAACUUCCCUUGCAUUUUGAUCCAUGAGGAACAUCAUGGCAGCUUUUAGAAAUAUUUCUCAGUUAGCAAGCAAAGGAGUAUGAUGAAAUAUGAGUAACUAAGAUUAGACUUAACUUCUGUGUCUCUUUUUUUGCUGCCAAGGCAGCUCACUAAAGAACAUAGCUAUUAAUUCAUUGAAAAUGCUUUGGAUACUUGAAGGAUGUGAUUUUGAAAUCCUUUGUCGGAUAAGUGUAUCCCACAAAUACUAUUCCUGUAAUAAAAGGAAUACCUGCACUACAAUACUAUAGUAUGUUUUCAUUGUGGCUUAAGGAUAUUAUCAUGUGUAAAUCAAUUAGCUAUUUUUAUACCCUUUUGUACAUGUGACAUGAAAACAAUUCAGCACUGUUUGCUAGAAUCUUGAGUUUGCACUUUCAUAAAGCAACGGUGAACAAGGUAGUGAUAGAAAAGAUAGUGAGAAUUGCAGGUAAAAUCCUCUUACCAUUGACUUCAGAUGGGCCAGGAUUUUGUCUUAGGUAGUUCUCUUAAACUUAAGUGUAACAUCGUGAAACAUUUAGUUAUCUUGUCAAAUGGACAUAAAAAGUAUGAUUUUCAUAUGGUGCUCUCUUUCCAACUUCUUUUUGACACCUAUCUUUUUUUGUCUUCCUCUCUGUCUUCCUCUCUUUUCUAAAGCAUUGAAAUCCUCCUGUUUAUGAAAGAUUAGGAGUGUGUCCAAACAUCAGGAUCUUUAAUGUUUGAUGUAGUCUUUAACAACUCUUUUGUCUAAAUGUGUUUUCUUACUUUUCAUAUAUAUGCCUUCUGAAAUGGAUUAAUAUAUAGUAUGACCUUAUGAAGCUUUUUUUUAAAUGACAAUACAUAGAAACAGGCAUAUGGAAGGAGUUUCCUGUUCAUCAGGUGACAUUUUCUACUACUGGUAGUAACAGAAACACACUGUUCUUUUUAUAAACUCUAGCUGAAAGCAGUUGGAUUUCUUGAGGUUUCCCCCCACACUCACACUGGGAAAGUGUUCUGGGACAGAUUGGGUGAAUCACCUUGUUUCACAGCUCUGUCCAUAAUGUCUAGAGAUCAGAUCUUGGCCUCAGGGCAUGGGCAGUACAAAGGAAUAUGACUCUGAGAAAUUGCAUCUUCCACAUUAGCUGCCAAAGAGGGUCAUUGAGGCCAUUGUAAACAGUAGGUGAUAGACAUAAUUUCUCUCACCUCUCACUACACUGUAUGUGAGAAGAGAGGAAGCUUAAUGUGCUCUCAUACCUUCUGCCUGGGAAGCUCAUAAGAUCAUAUGGGAGCAUCUCUGAGCUCAAAGGAUGUGGUACUUUUCUGCUUCACUCAGCUCUCUUUCUAUAAGCCUUUAUUUCUUGAAAUACUGCUAUGCCAAGAUACCUGUGCCACGCUGCUCUCUGUAGUAUAGUUCAAAAUUAACAGCCUUGGUGAAAUGGUGCAGUGUGUUGCUUCUGAUUCCCAUUGAACAUAACAUUUAGCCAGUUUCAUAUUAAUUGUACUGACUACAUAACAGGGAAGUGCAUGGAGACCCUUUCUGUUAUGAGAGGGAACCUACCUUUUCUUAUCCAGAAAGAAAUAAGUGCAUUUUAAGUCUAGGUUUAGCUGCAGCUCUGACUGGUACUUGCAGCCCUCACAGCAGCUUACUUUAGUGGAUAUUUGAAUAUUUAUAUGAAUGCUAAAUAAACUAAAGUAAAAACAAAGUACAACCAGUACAAUAAAUUGUAAUUUAAGGUAGUUACUGCAUUCUCAGUUUUUAUGAAGUCAGCUUUUACUUAAUCUGCCUUAGCAAGAAAAAAAAAAGGAAAGUUAAUGCAAGUAAGAGUUCUGCACUAGGCGGGAGGGCUUAAUAAAUAAAAAUCUUCAAGCAGGCAAAGUGGCUGCAGUUGUUUAUAAAGGAUUAGUUAAGUGUGGUUUUGAACAAAAAGGCUGAAAGCUUUUCUGAAAAUUACAUGUUACAGCAUAAUUUAUAUCUUGAAAUGUGCUCAGAGGUACUGUAUUAUUUAUUACCACUUUACAAUUUAAAUUCUUGCUGAACGUACACUUUUUAUAGAUGAUUAACUGUAGCCCAUUAAAAUGUUUUAUUCUAUGUUUGUGACAAUUACUGUUUAAGAAACAAACACCUCAUGUUUCUGCAAAGCUCUGCAUUCUCUUGCUGAAGUGAGUUGCAGUAUUGUUAGUGCCUACUAAGCUUUCCAAGGCUGUUAAAGUGGCAGGUUAAUAUUUGCCAAGGAUAGCUCGUUAAACUGGCUUUCACAAUGGCACAAUGAUAGUGGUUCAGUGUGUGGUGCUGCACAGCACUGAUGCUGUUCUGAGGGUCUGGAGUGCCUUCCGUGCUUUCCAGAUGUCAGUUAAGUGAUUCAUCCUUACAAAUUACCAGAUUGAGAAGACCUGUCUUGUGAACUCUUAGGUCACAAAAGUGAGUAAGUCUGACAAGUGAACUUAAGGCUGAACCAAGAUAAACAGUGGAGGACCUGAAUGUUGGGUAACUCUUACCUGCUCAUAGGAACUUGCUGAAAAGUUCAGGCCUGCAAAUGGUAGUAGCUCUUGAGUUCUAAAAUGUACAAUCCCUUCUGUGUCAUGUUUCAUCAUGUUGUCUUUUUAUUCCCAGCUCUCUUGCUUCUCUGUUCAGUCUUGAAUGUAUUUUAUGUCCUUUCAGUUGAUGACUUUGUAAAAGUGUAAGUACAGAAAUACUUAUCUAAGUGUAUCAUGUAUAAAAUUGUACUUAAAGAUUCUUAAUAAUGUAAAUGCACCACAGCUGCUCAUUAUUGUUAUUUUUUUCUGAAAUGCAUUAUCAUUAGUAGUUUACAUAGACAGGAAAACAACACAAUAUCAUACUUUUAAUAACUUAUUUAUUUGCAAAGAUUAUAAGACUUAUUGAGCUAUAGAUUCAGAUAUUUGUUUUAGAGGUUGUUAAUACUGUAGCACUGUAGAAAUUCAUAAUCAAUUAAAAGAUGUUCUAAACUA